AUGGCGAGCGUCGAUGUUGCUGCCCUCGGCGCCGUUCCUGCAAAUGGAGGGGCAACGGCGGCUUCCCACCCCUACACCUGCAACACCUGCUCGGUUGCCUACCGAAACAUAGAUCUUCAACGAGGCCACAUGAAGAGCGACUGGCACCGAUACAACCUCAAGCGAAGAGUCGCCUCCCUCCCUCCUAUCGCCUCCGAGGUCUUCAACGAAAAGGUCCUUCAGGCUCGCGCCGUUCAGACAGCCGAGGCAGAGAAGGCUUUGUUCGAGCGCACCUGCGACGCCUGCCAAAAGUCGUACUCCAGCGAGAACGCUUACCAGAACCACUUGACGAGCCAGAAGCACAAAGUCCGUGUCGCUGCUAUUGCUAGACGCAAGGGUGGUGUUGCCGAUGACGCCAGCUCUGUCAUGAGCUCCACCUUCUCUCUUGGUGAGCCUAUUGCUGUCGACAAGGAGAGCGAGCUGGAUUCCGAGGCCGAGGAGGAAUUUACUCAGGUCGUAGAGGGGCUCAAGAAGGCCAACAUCCACGAGUCCCAUGACGGGCGCCCAUCACCCGUCAAGCGCCCUUCCAAUCCUCACCUCUCUGCUCAAGGCCAGCGUGACGACAUUUCCAUGAACCGCGAAUCCGACUCUGCAACCCCCGUGCAGUCCAAGCCAGAGAUCGCCUGGACCAUCAAGUCCUGCCUCUUCUGCAACUACGAGUCGCCUAGCGUUACGCUCAACGCCAACCACAUGGAGCGGUUCCAUGACAUGUUCAUUCCUGAGAAGCAGUACCUUGUUGACCUGGACGGCUUGCUGCAGCAUCUGCAGGAGCGCGUUCACGAUGGUCACCAGUGCCUGUACUGCUUCAAGACCAAGAAAACGGCAUUUGCUGUCCAGACCCACAUGCGUGACAAGGGCCACUGCAAGAUCCCCUACGAUACCGAAGAAGUUCAGCUGGACAUUGGCGACUUCUAUGACUUCCGCAGCACCUACUCUGAUGGCGAGGAGUCCGACGAGGAGGAGGAGACUGACGAGAAUGGUGGAGCCAAGCUGGGUCUGAAGCGCCCUACCAAGCUAUUUGGCGAGGACGGCGAGGAGGUCGAGGAGGGGGCAGACGAUGGUUGGGAGACGGACAGUUCGGCAUCGUCCUUGGACUCGGAAGAAUUGACGGCCUUCACUGCUGACGGCAAGUACGAACAGUUCGAGCGCCUGGACAAGCACCCCCAUCACUCUCGCGACGACCCGCGUGCCCGCCACCAGGCCGAUGGCUGGCACUCCCAUGCCCACAAGCACACCCGUGCUGUCUUUUACGACGAGUAUGAACUGCAUUUGCCUUCUGGCAAGGCAGUUGGUCACCGCUCUCACAACCGAUACUUCAGACAGAACCUCCACAACUACCCUACCGAAGAGGAGCGCGCCGAGCGUUUGGCCAUUGAGGCUGGCUCUGGCGAUGAGAUGGAUGUUGAUGGUAGAGAGGUCACCACCACCGGCGAUCGCAAGACUCGCAACAACCGUGCCGUCGCUCGCAGAGAUGCUGCAGGCAUGGCCGGUGCAACGGAUAAGCAGAAGCGCGUUGUGAGACAGGAAGAGGUCAGAGGCCGGAGCAACGCCACCCGUCACCAGAAGCGCUACGACUACGGAGUCAGCGAGAAGUUGAACAACCAGAAAACUUUCUACUACCGCUACCAGGCCGGUGGUUGA